GACGAAUGGUUGACGAGUAUUGGAGGCGGGCUUUACUGAGGAGGAUGUAGCUGCGGUCAUGGCUGCCAGACCGCGAAUCUCAGUGCAAUAAUAAAGAAAUGCAUAGUCCCUGUUUGUAACAGAGAAGUGCAUUUUUAGGAUACACAUGUUUACAAUUUUAGUUUAAAACCGUAGAUUUGUAUCUCCUUUAUAUGCGAGCGGGUUAUGGAUGUGCAGGUUGCAAACCAUUGCAGCAUCAAGUCUGCAGCGAAAGCGAGCGUCCCGCAGAAUGCAGCUGAAUGCGGGAUCGACAACACAGCAAAGAAGAAAUCCCGCUCGAGGAGAGGCAGGAGAGGCAAGCGACGGAGGGGCAAGAAGGCCAACGAGCCUCCGCCGUUUCUACCACCGGAGGCUGAAGAGGGAAACAUUGAAUACAAGCUGAAGCUGGUAAACCCCACGCAGUAUCGGUUCGAACAUUUGGCCACGCAGUUGAAAUGGCGACUGCAGGAGGGCCGCGGGGAGGCCGUGUAUCAGAUUGGGGUGGAGGAUAACGGUCUGCUGGUUGGACUCACAGAAGAAGAUAUGAAAGCCUCGCUUAAGACUCUUCGCAGAAUGGCUGAGAAGGUUGGAGCCGAUAUCACGCUCCUGAGAGAGAGGGAAGUGGACUGCGAUAGAGCGCGACGGAAAAUCGCUGAAGUUCUUGUGCGGAAAGUUCCAGAUGACCAGCAGUUCCUGGAUCUCCGUGUGGCUGUUCUGGGUAACGUGGACUCAGGGAAGUCAACUCUGCUGGGGGUGCUGACUCAGGGCGAGCUGGAUAACGGACGGGGCAGGGCCAGGCUCAACCUCUUCAGACACCUGCAUGAGAUUCAAACCGGACGGACGUCCAGCAUCAGUUUUGAGAUCCUGGGAUUUAACAGCAAAGGAGAGGUUGUAAACUACAGUGACUCCCGUACAGCAGAGGAGAUCUGUGAGAGCUCUUCUAAGAUGAUCACUUUUAUUGACCUGGCUGGUCAUUAUAAGUACUUGAAGACCACUAUAUUUGGCCUGACAAGCUACUGCCCAGACUUUGCCAUGCUGGUGGUGGGAGCCAAUACUGGCAUUGCUGGCACAACUAGAGAGCAUCUGGGUCUGGCGAUGGCACUGAAGGUGCCCAUAUUCAUUGUGGUGAGUAAGGUGGACCUCUGUGGUAAAAGCACAGUGGAGAAAACGGUCCGUCACUUGGAGCGAGUGCUCAAACAGCCCGGCUGCAAUAAGGUCCCAAUGGUGGUGUCCAACCCUGAUGAUGCCGUCACGGCUGCACAGCAGUUUGCACAAUCCUCCAGUGUGACGCCCAUCUUCACCCUCUCCAGUGUGUCUGGGGAGAAUCUGAACCUUCUGAAGGUAUUUUUCAACAUUCUUCCUCCUCUGAGCAACAGUAAGGAGCAAGAGGAGCUCAUGCAGCAGCUCACGGAGUUCCAGGUGGAUGAGAUUUACAGUGUUCCUGAUGUAGGAACAGUAGUUGGUGGAACACUGUACAGUGGUGUGUGUCGUGAAGGAGACCGGCUGGUUGUGGGUCCCACCGAUGAUGGGCGGUUCCUAAGGUUGAAGGUGUGCAGUAUCCACAGGAAUCGCUCCGGCUGCCGUGUGCUAAGAGCCGGACAGGCCGCCACACUUGCACUUGGGAACUUUGAUCGCUCAUUACUACGAAAGGGCAUGGUCAUGGUGAGUCCCAAAAUGAACCCUACAAUUUGCUGGCAGUUUGAGGCCGCCAUAGUCCUGCUGUUCCACGCCAAGACUUUCCGCCGUGGUUUCCAAGUCACAGUGCACGUGGGGAAUGUAAGGCAGACCGCCACGGUGGAGUGUCUCCUUGGAAAGGAGGAGCUGCGGACAGGUGAGAGAGCCGUAGUGUGUUUCAGAUUCUUAAAGCAUCCUGAGUACUUGCGCGUGGGAGCCAAGCUGCUCUUCAGAGAGGGGGUGACCAAAGGCAUCGGACACGUGACGCACCUCCUAUCCUCAACCCAGAACCACGUGCCUGAUCAGAACCGCAACCAGAACCACAGUUAGACACAUCGGGAGUAACACCAUUAAUCAAAAGAGGACAUUUGACUGCAUCUGCAAUCGUUUCCUGUCCUUGCCUUGAGUUUGCAUCCCCUAGUUCAAUCGUGCACCUUUCAUUUCCACUCUGUAGAUUUGCCUAUAUUAAUUGCAGAUUUGCCUGUGUGUAAAUGCUCUUGGUUCCUGUGACAUUUGGAGGGUUGAUUAGAGUAUAUGUCUGCUAGGUGUAAUGGAGCUUGGAAACCUCUCCUAUUUUUGCACACGUGCGUGUUUCACAUCUUAAGUUAAAGCUGUCUGACCUUGAGUGAAGCAUUUGGGAGUCGCUAAGUUGGGUAUCUGGAGCAGAUUUCUGCAGGAAUUCCUGCCUGCAGACUGCAUUAUAGAUAUGCGAACAUAAUCAUAGCAUCGGAAAAUUCAUUAUUUCAGCUGUACUAACGUCUUCAGGUCCUCAGUGAUAUUAAAUACAUGACAUUACCCCAGGAGAUCUGACAACACUUUAGGUUUUUUUUUCUUUUUUUUCACAAAGUGUACACCUUGAGACAUAGGUCUUCAACCUUGUUCCUGUAGACCAGAGGUCCUCAACUCUGGACCUCGAGAUCCACUUUCCUGCAGAGUUUAGUGUUUGCGUAUAGCCGAAUACAUAGCUUUUCAAAGUAUACUCCAUUUGAUGGCCAGUUAGUGUAAGAAAAAUUAAAGCCGCAUAUGCGAGUUGAGUGUACAGCAUAUGCACGGUUAGAAAAAUCAGACUACGCACAUACUAUGCUGGUGACGAAAUUUACGUCCACCGCACUGUCUGCAGUGCACACCCCAGUUUACACAUAAUAACCCAAGCUGAGCUAACCACUGUAUGAUUUCUACAGUCCUUUACGAUUGUUGCCUGUCAGUUUGUAUGAUAUACGUUGUAUCUAUGAUUUGUCACAAAGGCUAUUAGUCAGAAUAUGUGAACAUGAUACAUUAAGCGAAAUUGUCUUGAAUGGAAGAACUGUAGCCGAAAUCGUCGAGUAAUGCGAGGCUGGCUGUAGUCACAAAUGGAAACAAGAUUGUGAUGGACAAAAGUAUAUUCCCUUUAAUACGUUGUAGUUUUACAGUUGUUCCAUUAUGAUUGAACGAAAUUGAAAUUUCAAAAGUUGAAAAUGUCUUUCCACAAAUUUUUAGUGAACGAAAAACGGGGCGUAACAUGUUAAUGUUGAAUGAAACAUAAAAUGCAAGACUUUAAUUUAAAUGAAUCGGACAAUCCACAAAUUGUUUUGCAGAAGAUUUACACAUUAAUUUUGUUUAAGGUUCAUGAAUAAAUGACCUGUCUUGUUUUUGUUCACUUGUACCAUUCGGUGCUUUUGUUGGUGUGAUUGAAUAUCGCCCCCUAUCUUCAGGACAGAAGAGGUAACCGAAAGGGAAUUUUUGGAGCUCUAGGUUUGUAGGAACAGUCAGGCAUGAUUGAUUUUUUUUUCACUAGCUUGAUUACAUUGUGCCUAAUUUUAAAUGUAUUUACAGAUGACACAUAUUGCAC